GUCGCAUAAUGCUCUGUAAUUGGAAAACGCACAAAAUUAUUUUACCUUACUAUGUAUAACUAUUCCGUUUUCCUUACCUUUGUCUGUGGCAAUACGCAUUACGCCCUGCCUGAAGCUAUUUAAAAAAAAAUACUGUUGUAUUAUGAUUUAUGAUGUAUGUACUUAGUUACUUAUGUAGUAUUGUGUAAAAAAUAAAUGCCCAACUAAAUUUUUAUUUUGUAGAAGUAGUUUAUAAUAUCAAGUAAAUAAUAUCAAUGCCUAAAAUUAUUUUUAAUCCAAGGAUGAGUAUAUUUUUGUUUUCUUAAUUUCAAGCUAUGUUUUCGUAUUUAUUAAAGUUGUUUACUAUUUUUGCAACUUAUAAAUUUAACGUACCAGUAAGAUUAACAUAUCCUAAAAAAUUGGCCGAGCAACUACACUCGAGAUCCGAAUUGUAAAUUUUGAUACAAUAAUAACCUUUGGCUAAACGUUUUCUGUAAUAUUCAAGUUUUACUGACCCAAGUCUACUGACUCAUCAUAUAAAAUUAUUAUUAUAUCUAAGUACAGUGGAAUAGUAUUGCGAAGAGAGAGUAAAAUAAUACUCGAAUGCCUAUGUGUGAGCCUAGAAAAUUACUACAAGCGGACAUGCAGGAAAGCGCAAGGUUAGAGUGCGGUCAGCGCCCGCUCAGUCCGUCGACUCUACACGAGCGGCUGGUCGGGCACGCGCUCGCCGUCACCGACGAUCUGGAAGGGAGAUCGGGCGUUUGGGGCGAGCACUCUUACGCACGCGAGCGCGGCGCCGCGCCCCACUCUCGCGUGCGCACGCUGCUGCUGCCCCGCGCUCCUCUCGCCGCGCAGUCUGCCCCCCUCGCCCUCGUCGACGCGCACUCGCCGCCGGCCGCGCGGCCCGCGCCGCCCCUCGACCGCCCCGACGAUUCGGAUUCGAACGACGACGACGCGACCGACGCCGCCGAUUGGGAGCGAAUCGUCCUCGACGCGGCGACCACCGAGGCGCGACGUCGACUCGCCGGAGCGGUCGUCCGGCUGCUCGCCGAGAUGCGCCUCCGCCGCUUGGCGGUAGACCGGAGUAGAUGGCGGCGCGCAGAAUCCGUCAGAGGAGCGGCGACGCGGCUCCGCGGCGCGCUCGCCACGGCGACGGCCGGCGACAGCGCGUGGCUGCACGGCGUCAUGCUCGCUCAUCUGCCGCGUUCGCAGAGGACGCCGUACGAGCGCGUGACGGGUGAACUGCGACGCGUCGCGCCCCGCCUCGCCGCUCGCCUCGCGCCCGACGCGCCGCCGCCGCCGGCCGAGCCGUUGGACGCGGCACCGCCGCCGCUCGACGCCGCGACGCCGGGUCCCUGGCUCGGUUGGGUGAGCGCGGGGCUCGAGCGGCGGGACGAGCGAUGGCGAAGGCGGCUGGGAGCGCUGAUACACGUGCGGCCUCUGGGCGGCGGAAGCGCCGGGGCCGGGGCGCCCCCGGAACGCUGGUGCGCGACGCGGGCCCACGCCGUCCGCUCGGCUCUCGUCCGUCUCCUGCAGGAAGCCGGGUCCCGCCCGGUGGUGUUGGGCGGAUUCGGCGCGGGCGCAGCACUGGCGGCGCGGUUGGCGAGCGCUCGCGGAGUCCGCGGGGCGGUGCUGCUGGCGCCGCCGCUGCUGACCGCGGAAGGGCCCGACGAGCCGCCGGGCGAGGCGCCGUCGGCGGCCUUGCUCGUGGCGGGCGGCGCGGCGGCGACCACCGGGCGCGGCGCCGCGGCGCAGAUGGCGUCCGGCGGCGGCUCUCGGCGUCUGCUGCUAGUCGCCGGCGCCGACGACGCGCUUCGUCUGCCGCGCCGUCACCGCCUGCGUCUCGGCCUGCCGCAGCAGGCGCUGGACGCCGCGAUCGCGGAGGAGUGCGCUCGCUGGAUCGGCGAGGUGUGCGCCGAGGAGGAGGACGAACGGACCGAAGAGUGCGCCGGAGUCGCCGUCGCCGCCGACGUGUCGCCGGGAGCCGGGGCGGCGGAGGGCCGCGUGGUGUCUCGCGUGUCCGGCGGAACCCCGCUGGCGCUGCGACCCCCGGGCGGGCGCCGCGCCGACUUCCACGCCGCCGAUAUCAUGCGCCUGCCCAUCGUGUUCGCCGACGACUUGCCCGACGCCUCCGAGCCGAAAGAGGAGCGCCUGCGAGUCGUGGCCGGCGCCACGCGAACUACGCGCGUCAUCGUGACGAAGCGCUCCGCUCUCGAGGCCGCUCCUUCGGUCCGCCGGCCGCGCGCCGCGGACCCGCAACGCCGACGGCCUUGACCCGGCAAAAGAAAUUAAACGUUACGACGCUAUCGAAUUGUUUUAAAUCACCGACCGGACUCGGUGUAACUGUAAAUAAAUAAUUUUCAUUCGUUA